AUGCCUAAGCUAAAGGUUAUUGAAAAGUCAGUGUCCCCAAACAAAAAGCGCAGAACAGAAGCAGAAAUGAGGGACGUGAUUAGUAAUUUGCCAGAUUCAUUGCUUCUUCAUAUUCUAUCUUUUCUUCCCACUAAACAAGCAGUUUCCACAAGCCUCUUAUCCAAGAGAUGGAGACCACUUUGGCAUUCCCUUUCCAGUUUUGACCUUGAACACCCUAGUAGUGGGUGUCGACUUUUCCAUCGAUUCAUUCGCAAAGUGCUCAAAUUGGUAGAUUUGAAGCCCGUCAAAAAGUUUGUUCUUCGGAUCCAGAUUCAUCAUUAUGAACCUUGCAAGUAUAUUACACCUUCGAAGAUUUGCGAGUGGAUUAAUGCUGUGAUUAGUAAUAAAAUUGAUCAUUUGGAGCUAUAUUUGCAGCCGUGGUGGAGCUGUGAGUUGCCCUCUCUUGGUUUUUUCACUGCCAAUAACAUUAAGGUUUUGAAGUUGAGGGGACUAACAGUGAUUAAUCUUUCCCAUGUUAAUUUGCCUUCACUUGAAGUAUUGCAUUUGGUAUAUACUAGAUUUUCACUUGCCGUAAGCUUGGAAAUGCUUAUUUCUGCAUGUCCAUUGCUUAAGGACCUAGUAGUGAGAUCUAUCCUUUUCGGGCAUUAUAAACCACUCAACAAUAUUGGAGGACUUAACCAUUUGAUCACUGCAGAAAUUCCACAAUAUCUGCUUCCAAUGAAAGUUUUGUCAAAUGUUACAGUUCUACGCUUAAAUAAUAAUAAUGUGCCUUCCUUUUGGGAUGCUGUCAUAAAGCAGUGCAUGUGGCCAUUUAGUGAUGAUAUGCCCAUGUUUUACAAUUUAACCCACCUGGCAUGUGUACUUACUGUUGAGUGGACAAAAAUGGUGAACUGUCUCCAAUACUUCCCCAAGCUUGAGAAGCUUGUAAUCUCAGAGUCUUCAUUUGAUGAUGAGGCUGGUAUUACGUCCCCUCCUGAACCAGUACUUGAUGUCCCUCCAUGUGUUUCAUUACAUCUGAAGGAGAUCAAUUUUUGUUGCUUCAAUGGUUCUGACAAUGAACGUGAAAUGCUAAAUUUUUUAAUCAAGAAUGCUAGGGUUUUGAGGAGAGUCUCCGUUAAGUGA